GUAGGGCAAAUGGUGGUCGGAACCUAUGCCAUGUCAACACAACCCCUUUUUGCAAUCUUCCCUCAAACCUAUCCUCACUCACGAUACGUGUUCUUAUGGAAGAUAACAAACCAACCACAGCAGGGGAAAGAUGGGCGCAUCACUUCACAGGUCUUCAAAAAGACAGGCAAUACAGUUAAAACCUCCAUACCUUAUGACAUGAUUGAAGAAUUAAUCAACAAGGGGUAUGAACGUCGAAAUAACGCAGCUGCAAUGCAAACUCUUGUUACUAAUUGGUUGGAAAAUAUCAUGCAAGAGCGCUCAAAUAAUGGCAGAGGCUUACGUGUUAUUCCAUUGAACUUAUACGAGUUUCAAAUUGUUGGCUAUGGCAUGUUCGUUGGAGUAGUCAACUUAGAAAAUAAGACAUAAUCAUGCAAGGAAUUCGACAUUGAUGGAUUUCCUUGUGUCCAUGCAAUUGAAGCAUGUAAGCAUCGACAUAUUUCUCC